AGAGAGAUAGUAACAUUGAACCAGAGGGGCUCGGGAGAGACGCGCAGCCCCAACGCUCUGAGUAAUCCCAGUACUCAGGGGGAUACGUGCGACAAGGAGAGAAAUCCAAGAUAGAAAGAGAGAGAGGGAGACAGACAGAGAGGGCCACGGAGAGAUAGAUACCUAGGGAGAGAAACCGGGAUAGAAAGAGGAAAGAGAGAAAAAGAGCGAGAGAGUGAGAGACCUAGAUAGAUCCAGAUAGACGGCAGACGCUUCAGAGCUUCAAAGAGUAGUCUUUCCAACCCAGAACAAACCGGAGACCUUCCCCAUCAUAGAGGCACGGGCUCUCUCUUCCCGCUCUCACCCCAUUGCCCCCCUGCUCUAGCCUUAGCCCCGGGAGCCCCUGUGCGGGAUAUGGUGAUUGCUUUGAUUGUCUCUUGGAAUUUACAAAGACUGCUCCGGGCUCCUGCUCAGUGUCCGACUCUUCCCGGCCCCAGAGGUCCCGCCUGCUGCGUUGCCGGGGGGCUCAGCCCCGUGCAGGGCGCCCCCGGCCCGAGCCCAAGCCUUAGCCUCGCAGCCCCCAGCCCCCUCCCACCCUGUGCAUGACAAGCUGAGCGCCGCCAGCGGGGAAUAUGAACCGGAAAACAAGGCGUUGGAUCUUCCACAUCUUCCUGAGCCUGGGAAUCGUCUAUAUCAAGAUUGGGGGCUUCUCCUCAGUGGUGGCUCUCGGGGCCAGUGUCAUUUGUAAUAAGAUCCCAGGGCUGGCUCCCAGACAGAGGGCAAUCUGUCAGAGCAGACCUGACGCUAUCAUCGUGAUCGGAGAAGGGUCUCAAAUGGGAAUCAACGAGUGUCAAUUUCAGUUCCGCAAUGGACGCUGGAACUGUUCUGCUCUGGGAGAGAGGACGGUCUUUGGAAAAGAGCUGAAAGUGGGGAGCCGGGAGGCGGCCUUCACCUAUGCCAUCAUCGCUGCGGGGGUUGCCCAUGCCAUCACGGCCGCCUGCACCCAGGGCAACCUGAGCGACUGCGGCUGUGACAAGGAGAAACAGGGGCAAUACCAUAAAGAAGAAGGCUGGAAGUGGGGUGGCUGCUCUGCAGAUAUCCGCUAUGGAAUAGGUUUCGCCAAGGUGUUCGUGGAUGCGAGGGAAAUUAAACAGAAUGCCAGGACGCUCAUGAACCUCCACAAUAAUGAGGCAGGACGGAAGAUCCUGGAGGAGAACAUGAAGCUGGAAUGCAAAUGCCAUGGAGUGUCAGGCUCCUGCACGACGAAGACCUGCUGGACGACACUCCCCAAGUUCCGGGAGCUAGGCUACAUCCUCAAGGACAAGUACAACGAAGCGGUGCACGUGGAGCCAGUGCGGGCCAGCCGCAACAAGCGCCCCACCUUCCUCAAGAUCAAGAAACCACUGUCCUACCGCAAGCCCAUGGACACGGACCUGGUGUACAUUGAGAAAUCACCCAACUACUGUGAGGAGGACCCCGUGACAGGCAGCGUGGGGACCCAGGGCCGGAUGUGCAACAAGACGGCCCUGCAGUCCAACGGCUGCGACCUGAUGUGCUGUGGCCGAGGGUACAACACGCACCAGUACUCACGGGUGUGGCAGUGCAACUGCAAGUUCCACUGGUGCUGCUAUGUGAAGUGUAACACGUGCAGUGAGAGAACAGAAGUGUACACCUGUAAGUGAACAGUGAGAAUGGGGUGGAAGGGAGAGGUGACCGCUACCUGCCCCUUCCUGCUGGGAAUGAAAAAAUAAAAUAAAUGAAUAACUUACAUUUGCACAUGAUCUGGACUGGCCUGAACGAGACUGUAGCAAAGAUCGGCCCUCUUCCGAAAGGAAAGGAUUCAUUCCCUAGCUCCUUCCCUCAGUACCAGAACUCCCGCUGAGAUGCUGUCAGACUAAGGAGAGUCAGAGAAUGCUGCCAAACCAGCCAAUGACAGCAGCAACUUGGAGGGAACCCCAACCACACAGAACAUGCCCACCCAGCCCCCACAGCCUGAUAAGUCCUCAAAUGUAGAUUUGCAGCUCUAAGAUGACAGCCCUGGGGAAAAAUGCCAGCUCAGUGCAAGGAUUGGAGCCGGGAAACUGCUGUCAGUUUGGAAGUACAGCCUUAGAUGGUUAAAUGCCCAGCUACUGUUCAAAGGAGGAAAACAAGGUUAAAAAACAAAACAAAACCCACUUCAGCUUUCAGAUGGUCUUUGCACAAGCUCGGCGAAAAUGCCUCUGUGUGAAUUCCUUCUUAAGGGUGUGGAUUACGUGGAUGAGUUUCUGCACUUGUGAACAACUUCCGGUGUCUCUCACCCAUUUUCAUUUCCACAGUUGACUUCCGCAAACAUCACUGCUGCUGUUUGGCCUCAGACACUGGUUUGUCUCCUUUGUUCAUGCUGCAGGUUUUUGCAGGGAUUUGGGACAUCUCAGCAUAAUAAUAGCAAUAUUUAACAAUUUAUUCAUAUAAAACUAAUAUUAAUUUAUUUAAUGAAAAGAACUCUACAUUCGGAACCAUUCUGCAAUUAAAGUAGAUGGCUGGCUUUCUUUGUGGAAUAAUUGUAUAGAUAUGGCAAGAAAAAAAAUGGGGCUGUAUAUAUUAUUCUUUACUCAGAUAUUUCUACUAGAUGUAUUUGCAGGAUAUUUCUUGCAGUACUAGUUGUUUAAUUACAAAAGCAGGCAUCUUUUAUAAAUAUAUAUAUAGAUAUAUUUUUUUUGCUGUUUGCUGCUAGUUGUCUGGAAAAUCUAACUGGGAAUGAUUUGGAUAAUUUUACUAAGACACACUUUUUUGUUUUGCAUUUAAACCCCAUUAUGAACAUCUAGUUUGGAACAUGGAUAGUUAACAAAAGAGAGCGAAAAAGCAAACCUCCAGACAAUUUCCAUCUUUUGGAAAAUGAACCAUAGGAUAAGAGAAUAUAUUUUGUAAGAGACUAUUUUUAUAUGGAUAUUUUAUUUAUACUACAUCUGCUUGUAUAUUCUAUAACCAUGCAUUCUUUUCAGAAUAACCACAAACAUCAUCAUUCCUUGGCUAUCUGAUGGAAAAUGACAGGUUGGCUCCCAAACCCCUCAGCAGCAUGUGGGCUCUGUUCAACUGUUUGGGAUGAACAUAUCAGAAACUCUUCAAGCCUUCUUCCAGGAGUGUGUUUACAAACUGUUCCUUGGGCUCUUCCCUAGCAGUUCCGAUUUGCAGAAUGUGCAAAACAAGGCCAGGGUGGGUAGCACUGGGCUGGUUGCUUGACCUGGCGACGCAAUGGGUAUUAACUGGUUGCUCAUUUAUCCCAUUCAGUAGAAAGGAGAAAAAACCCAACAACAAACAAAUCUGAAAAAGCUUCCCUCCUGUGCUAGUCAUUAAACUGUGGCAUUAUGAUUAGCAAAUGUGCUGUUUGUGCUGUCAUUUAAACCUUUAUAUUGUGUUACUGUCAAAUUUGAUUUUAUCAGUGGAGGAUAGUAGACUAUGAUUUUAAAAACCAGCAUGACACACAACAACUCAUUCUCCCAGCCAGGAUACAGAGAUUACACUUGACCUGAUCAAAAGGCUUUCACUGCCAUAUUCCAUCCCUAGGCCAAAAUAGAACUUUGGGGUUUUAAAAUGCAAACACUUCACGGUAUUUGUUAUGCGCUUUCUAUGCGUCAAGCACUUCUAAGCGCUGGGGUAGACAUGAGUCAGAUCGAAUA